UCAAAAGCCAGCAUAAUGCAUAUAUAUCAAACAACUCUCUUCUCAAAUUCUCACAACACAAACCAAAAUGUCGAAAAAGCCCCUAUUCAUCUGUCUCCUCAUCACCCUCUCUCUCUCCGCCGCAGAGCCACCUUCCGCCGCCUGCAAUUCCACCCCUCACCGCAACCUCUGCCUCUCCGUCCUCUCCGCAUUCCGCCUCUCGCCGUCGCCCAAUCCCCAAACCUACGCCAAAUUCUCGAUAAACCAAUGCCUCAAUCACUCUCGCAAAUUAUCCAAUUCGAUCGCCGAUUUCGCCGCCGGAAAGCUGCUCCUGAGCGAUCCGGAGAUCGCGGCGCUCAGCGACUGCAGGCAGCUGCAGGAGCUGAGCGCGGAGUACCUGGAGCUCAUCAGCGGCGAGCUGGCCGGAUCGGCCGCCGCGAAUCUGAGCGACGCGGUGGUGUCGCGGGUGCAGAGCCUGCUCAGCGCCGUUGUUACGAAUCAGGAGACGUGCUACGACGGAUUAGCGGAGGCGGGGAGCGCGAUCGGAGGCGCGCUGCUGGCAGAUGUGGGGGCGGUGUACAGCGUGUCGCUGGGGCUCGUCACGCAUGCGCUGGGGCGAGGGCGGCGGAGCGGGGCGGUGUCGGGGCGGAGGGGGGCGGUGGAAUUGGAUUGGGCGCGUUCCGAGUUUUUCGAGAUGAUACAUAUGCCUAACAAAGGACGAAUUCUAGAUGAAUUAUGGGAGCAAGGAAUUCAAGCAAAUGCCACCGUCACCGUCAGCCCCUACGGCGGCGCCAACUUCACCUCCAUAGGCGACGCCGUAGCCUCCGCUCCCAACAACUCCGUUGUUGAAGAUGGCUACUUCGUCAUCUACGCCAAGCAAGGCUACUACCAGGAAUAUGUCGUCGUCCCGAGACACAAGAAGAACAUCAUGCUCAUCGGAGACGGCAUCAACACCACCGUCAUCACUGGAAACCGGAGCGUCGUUGACGGCUGGACAACCUUCAACUCCGCCACUUUCAUUGUGUACGGCGAGCGGUUCGUGGCGAUGGGGAUCUCGUUCGAGAACACGGCGGGGCCGGAGAAGCACCAAGCGGUGGCGGUGCGGAACAGUGCAGACAUCUCAACGUUUUACCGAUGCAGCAUGGCGGGUUACCAGGACACCCUCUACGCCCACUCCCUGCGCCAGUUCUACAGGGAGUGCGACAUAUCCGGUACAGUUGACUUCAUAUUCGGCAAUGCGGCCGCUAUCUUCCAAAGCUGCAGACUCUACGGGCGGACCCCACUCCCCAACCAGAAGGUGGCCUUCACGGCCCAAGGGAGGAGCGACCCGAACCAAAACACGGGCAUAUCCAUCCAUAACUGCACGGUGGUGGGGGAGGCAGAGGCGGACGCGAGCUUCCUAGGGCGGCCGUGGAAGCAGUACUCCCGCACGGUGUACAUGGAGUCAUACAUCGGGGAGAUGAUCAAUCCGGUGGGGUGGUUGGAGUGGAACGACACCACCGGAUUGGACACGUUGUAUUACGGCGAGUAUCAGAAUUAUGGACCGGGGUCCGGAACAAGCAUGAGAGUCAAUUGGCCUGGCUAUACUAUUAUGAAUGCUACACAAGCUCUUAAUUUUACAGUCUUUAAUUUUACAAUGGGGGAUACUUGGUUGCCUUCUACUAACAUUCCUUUCAAUGCAGGAUUGCUGCAUUGAUAUCUCUUAUAAUUAUGUUGCAUUUUUAGAUAUAUGAAUACUAAAUUAUUUAUUAGGAUGGUUACAUAAACAUAGAGAC